AUGGACGAGCAGGCGGGUCCCGGCGUCUUCUUCGGCAACAACCACCCGGGCGCCGGCGGCGGGGCCAAGGGUCUCGGGCCUCUGGCCGAGGCGGCCGGCGACGGGGCGGCCGCGGCGGGGGCGGCCCGAGCCCAGUACAGCCUGCCGGGGAUCCUGCACUUCCUGCAGCACGAGUGGGCCCGCUUCGAGGUGGAGAGAGCCCAGUGGGAGGUGGAGCGGGCGGAGCUGCAGGCCCAGAUUGCAUUUCUUCAGGGGGAAAGGAAAGGUCAAGAAAAUUUGAAGAAGGAUCUUGUGAGGAGGAUCAAAAUGCUGGAGUAUGCUCUCAAACAGGAAAGAGCCAAAUACCACAAGUUGAAAUAUGGGACAGAAUUGAAUCAGGGAGAUAUGAAGCCUCCAAGCUAUGAUUCUGAUGAAGGUAAUGAAACAGAGGUGCAACCACAACAAAAUAGCCAGUUAAUGUGGAAACAAGGUCGUCAACUACUCAGACAGUAUCUCCAGGAGGUGGGUUACACAGACACUAUUCUAGACGUGAAGUCUAAACGAGUGCGAGCUUUGUUGGGCUUUUCAAGUGAUGUCACGGACAGAGAAGAUGACAAAAAUCAGGACUCACUCAUAAAUGGCACAGAAGGUGAAGUUAAAGAUACAGCAAUGAUUGGGAAAUCGGAGUUAACAGAUUCUGCCUCUGUACUGGAUAAUUUCAAAUUCCCUGAAAGUGCAGCUGCAGAUUUCAGUGAUGAAGACGACGAUGACGACAUUGAUGGACGAGAGAAAACCGUCAUUGAUACUUCAACAAUUGUUAGGAAAAAAGCAUUGCCUGAGAGCAGUGACGAUCGAGAUACAGAAGAAGCUCUAAAGCAGUUCGACUUCUUAGUUACAUCAGAGGAAGGCGACAGUGAAUCUAGAAGUGCUGGUGACGGAACAGAUUGGGAAAAGGAAGACCAGUGUCUCAUGCCUGAAGCUUGGAAUGUGGACCAGGGAGUAAUUACCAAACUCAAGGAACAAUACAAAAAGGAGAGAAAGGGGAAAAAGGGGGUGAAGAGGCCCAAUAGGUCAAAACUACAAGAUAUGCUUGCUAAUUUGAGAGAUGUUGAUGAGCUUCCUUCAUUGCAGCCAUCUGUGGGUUCACCUUCCAGACCCAGCAGCUCCAGGCUUCCUGAACAUGAAAUAAAUAGAGCAGAUGAAGUGGAAGCACUGACGUUUCCUCCUUCCUCUGGGAAGUCAUUCAUCAUGGGAGCGGACGAAGCCCUUGAGAACGAGCUGGGGCUUGGAGAAUUGGCAGGCCUUACUGUGGCCAACGAAGCAGAUUCGCUAACGUAUGACAUAGCAAAUAAUAAAGAUGCACUGAGGAAGACAUGGAACCCUAAAUUUACAUUAAGAAGUCACUUUGAUGGCAUUCGAGCCCUUGCUUUCCACCCUACUGAGCCCGUUUUGAUAACAGCAUCAGAAGAUCACACAUUAAAAAUGUGGAAUUUACAGAAAACAGCCCCAGCCAAAAAGAGCACUUCUCUUGAUGUGGAGCCUAUCUACACAUUCAGGGCUCAUAAAGGUCCAGUGCUCUGUGUGGUGAUGAGCAGCAACGGUGAGCAGUGUUACAGUGGUGGCACCGAUGGGCUGAUCCAGGGCUGGAACACGACCAACCCUAACAUCGACCCCUAUGACUCCUAUGACCCUUCUGUUUUAAGGGGCCCUCUGCUCGGCCACACGGACGCAGUCUGGGGUCUGGCUUACAGUGCAGCACACCAGCGUUUGCUGUCCUGCUCAGCAGAUGGCACUCUUCGUCUAUGGAACACAACUGAGGUUGCUCCGGCCUUAAGUGUGUUUAAUGAUAAUCAAGAAUAUGGAAUCCCUGCCUCUGUGGAUCUAGUAAGCAGUGACCCGAGCCUUAUGGUAGCAUCAUUCAGCAAAGGAUAUACAAGCAUCUUUAACAUGGAAACACAACAACGCAUUCUCACUUUAGAAUCCAGUCUAGAUACGACAGCCAACUCUUCCUGCCAAAUAAAUAGAGUCAUUAGUCACCCCACUCUUCCCAUCAGCAUCACUGCUCAUGAAGACAGGCACAUCAAAUUCUAUGAUAACAAUACAGGCAAACUGAUCCACUCAAUGGUAGCCCACCUAGAAGCCGUUACAAGUUUAGCAGUUGAUCCUAAUGGCCUGUACUUGAUGUCUGGCAGUCAUGACUGUUCAAUACGUUUAUGGAACCUAGAAAGUAAGACAUGUAUCCAGGAGUUCACAGCUCAUCGGAAAAAGUUUGAAGAAUCUAUUCAUGAUGUAGCUUUCCACCCAUCCAAAUGCUAUAUAGCCAGUGCCGGGGCUGAUGCACUGGCUAAAGUCUUUGUAUGA